CAAUCCGAUGCUCGUCGGCAAGAGUACCGUGGUCGCGUGGAUGUCCUUCUUUACCGUUUCGUUGUCGCCAGUGCCGUUCUACUACCGUCGCCCCCGUUAUCAGGACCAUCGCAACGCUGGUCCCGUAACGGUGCCACAGGCGACGCCAUCGCUCGCAUCGAACCAAGCUUUGAACAGGCUGUGCAGUGUCCAGUGCAAAAGGACGACGAAAUAAGGGAACACUCUAGGCCGCAGCGACCACACAGCCAAGAUACGAGCGGACGAGCGACCGAGCCAGAUACGCGAACCUCGGAAGCAAAAGCUUUCCCGUGCUGAGAGCGAGAGCGACGAGAAAAAGAGAGUAACAAAAGCGUACACAAAACAAGUGUGUGUGUGUGAGAGAGAGAGUGAGUGUGAGCGGGAGAUAGAGUUUGAUUGUGUUUGUGUGCAAUAAAUUCGCCUACGCCCCCUCGCCCUAACUAAAGAGCUUCUCCCAACAAUCUGACAACGUGUCUGACAGGUUGUGGGUGAAUAGUGGUGUUAGUGUAUGUGUACGCGAGCCCAACCGUGUAUACAACAGUGUGAGCCUUGAUAGUUCGACUCCAAACGAUCGCCCUUCGGGAGAACGCGACCGGAGUCGGAAAAGUGGUGCGUGUGCCAGUGCUAGGCGGCGAGGGCGUGCAAAACAUCAGGCGCCGUCCUUCCCAACGUCGAAAGAUGAUGUUUUAUGGCUAGAGAAGCGAAGAGAGAGAGAGAGAGGGAGAGCGAGAGAAAGAGCGUGUGAGCAACACAAAAAAAGAAAUCAGUGCAUUUAUUUAUGUUAAAGAAAAAGCUCUCCAUAUGUAUUUGUCGUGUGUUCUGGUGUGAGCGCGCUGUGUAGUGUGUGCAUUCAGAUCAAGCGGUUCCAACUCAGUGGGCACGUGUGCCUGUAUGUGUGUGUGUUAGUGUGUACGUGUGUAAGUGUGUGUAAUUAAGGCAGCGAUUGAUAGUUCAAAAUCACUGGUCUACGACACCGUUACAUCGAGAUGAUGAGUUAAGCCCGGCUCAGGAAGGGAGUCGUCUAGUUGUUUUACUUGUUCCGCUGCUUCCGUCUGCUUUUGUGCCCUUUCUGCUGGGUGCUGCUUGGUGUGAGCACGUGCCCGUUUGCUGGACCGUGUGGGGGAGGCGGCAGAAGAGUAAGCGAACGUCCGGUUCCCGGUAGAGAAAGAGCCCGCACACUCGGCACACGCGGCUAGCUGGCGGCACCGGCUGCCAUCAACUCCAUCCCUUCCUCGAGCACCCGGGGCCAGCACCACCAAGAGCAACACGGCUUGUCCUUGAGGGGGAUGUUGUGGAUCGUAGGCAUACUACUUCCACUGGCAGCAGCAGCAGCAGCGGGUGUACUAGCGGAUGCCGAAGCAGCAGCAGCAGCACCCUCCUCACCAUCGUCCUUGAGCACCACCGAGUCAUCGCCGUCGUCGUCGCUGUUGUCCAACACCGCGCCAGCGGACACCGGUGCCUGGUGUACCGUGAUCCAGCAGCAGCCGCAGCCCCUGUACCUGCCCGUCCACCGACCACCGUCCGGUCAGCAAACCGCCCGCGCCACCCGUGCAUGCCGGUGCGACCACCAUGAGGAGCGAUAGUUCGGAACUGCUGCUCGAGCAACAGGCCGAAGAGCUACGGAAGAAGAAGCUGCUCGAGCUAGCGGCGGCGAAGAAGGCGAAAAAUGGGCCACCGCCCAAGCGGUCGCUGCGCGAGAACGCCUCCUUCUACACGACGUCCGGGCUUGCCUUCCUGUCGGUGACGGCCGGCGCCUCCCUCCUCUUUCUGGUGCCGCUGUACGUCGAUCCGGCCAUCUCGACGCUGGUCGGCGACUUUGUCGAGCGGCCGACGAUGUGCGUGACGACGCGCCGCGAGGACAUGACCGGCCUGUUCAACUGCUCGUGGAGCUCGUGCCGGGAGGGCUGCACCUCGGACGUGUUCAAGUGCACGCACAUCUACGUGACGUUCAUAGACGAUCUGAACUUUACCUUCCCGUUCAACGCGACGCCGGCGGAGCUGUUCAACCUGACCGACAUCGAGCGGUCGGAGGAGGCGAUCCUGCUGGUCAACAUCAAGGGCUGCGGCUACCCGCCCGCGGUCAAGUGCAAAAACUUCACCGACCUGUACGGCUUCGAGGGGGCCGUCUUUCCCUGCUACUACUCGAAGCAGAACAAGACGGUCGUGAUGACGGCGUACAACCGCGAGGACCAGGUCAACACGAUCAUCCACUUCUUCGUGGUGCCGUUCAUCGUGACCGUCGUCUCGUCCGUGUUUCUCUGCAUCAUGCACUGUGAUUGUAGGUGUAAGAAGGAGCGCCGGCGGCACCGCCACCGGCAUCGUCGGCCUAGGAUAGAGAAUCUCAGUGAUUCAUCAAUAUCGACACGAGUGGACAUGCUGACACCGGCGAUCGAAGUGUACAAGCCGCCACUCUGACACAAGGACGACACCCUCGAGAGCAACCUCGGCAACCCGUCGACCAGUAGCGACCUAUGACGAGGCAUCCUUUCGUGUCCGCCACCAUCAUGCUGCGACGUUCCACACCGUUCCCUCCGAUCGCGCCAACGGCCCAUCCACCUGCUGCUGGCCGUUCUCGCCCUACUCGCCGGAACUGUCGUCCCGCUCCCAUCAAUGCACACGCCGUGGUCGUGGCUGUUGCCGCUGGUAUUGCCGCUCGCUGGCAGCAACAGCAGCAGUGGCACUGCUUCCGGCCCCCAGUCGUACGCUUCCCGCUGCUCCUCAUUCGUAUACGAGCCCAUCGUCAUCGUCAACGUCGGUCACGAUCGCCAGCCGGCUGAAUGGUGCGGAACCGCGCCAACACACGGCACUGGUGGGCAGGUUGGAUCAUAGCGUUGGCUGCAUGGCUGAAAGGUAGGUGUAGUCUGGCGGGAGUGAUCCAAUUCAACCGCAAAAGGGCAACUCGUGCGCUCGUUCGAUGGAUGGACAAGGAAUAAGAGAAACCGCCAUCGCUGGCCGAUGGUAAAGGGUAGUGAGCCGAGCUCAACUGUACAUACCGUUUCGCAUUGAAAAAUAAAAAACAAAUCAAACGCACUCACAAAUAAACAUUCGGCAUCACCAUCAGUUCACAGGCGAGUCAACUGCGGUACGUCUUGUGUUGUUUCAGUCCUGUACGUACGAAUACCGGAGCACCAGUUUGCCAGUUUACUCCUUCUGACGACGUCAGAAAUGCUUCCCCAAUGUCAGGCCCCUUGCCAACCACGUGAUCGGCAGUGAAGCUGAAGGCACAGAGUAACGAUAAUAAAUAUGAGCCCGUCGCACAGCGUGGCAUGGAUAUUUCCUAACCCUCCCUGCUGCACUACUGCCGCAUGGUUAGGAGUAGCGGGUUUUCUUUUACAUCCUUUUUGAUUUUAUUUUGUUGUUGAGCCUUUCGCUUGCUGAGAGAAAACGUGACCUUUUUUUUUUUGUUUGCUCUCGUACCCCGUAUUUUCGUCGGCCGAUUGACCGAUCACGAACGUCUGGUCGUGUAUCGGCGACUAGUGCAAAACCCUUCGCCUUACAUUAGGGAUCGUUUUCUUAGACAAGCACUUAGAAAAUAGAAUGAAAAAAAUAGAAGAACAAAACGUACACAUGAAAAGACCGGCUGCUCCUAGAAGCGAAGGAUGUAGUUUUGCUUCUUAGACCCACUUCAUCUACCCUCACAAUCCUGUUGAAGCCUUUCUUCUACUGCUGUUGUGUUGUUCUUUUCUCUUUUCUUCUUUGACCUGUUCGACCCAUCCUUACAGGCACGAGCUCACGUUCGUUACUCGGAUAAUUUGCAGUUCCAAAACCGCCGUUUUGCUGUGGGGCGUCCACGGACGUGCACCAUAUUGGAAGUAGCCACUUUAGAUAGGCCGAUAAGUAUCCGCAAAUGGUGCAAAUCGUGAAGACCAUAUGGCAAAUAUCAACCCAAACAGAUGGGUGAAGAAAAUGGGUGGCAAGGUGUGAGCAAGGUACUACACAGAACGGACACCCAUUUGGUCAGUUUUCGGGUAGGAGCACUGAAAAAAGGAAGCACACACUAACGGACGAAUGCAUGUGUUUAGCGCGGAAAAAGGCUUGCAAACCUGUACUUGAGAGGUUUUUUUUGUUCUUUGUUGCUUUGCUAAAGCCAUGUUAUUUGUCCUUUUUGUUGCAGUUAGCCCGGCGUUCGCAUGCAGGAACGGGGUUUAAAAGGGAGUAAGCGUGGGAGCAAUUGUUUGAAGCUGUCGGAUCGUUCGGCAAACAACCACAACGCGAGUUAAGAGCAACCAUUUUCAGCUCGUUUCAUAAAAUCAAACGCAUCAAGCAAGGGCUUCGCACGACGUGCGAAAUUGACCAAGACACAAAGAAGUAUCGGGCGCAGCAUAGGUGGCCGUUAUAUAAUGGAUAAGCGAUCAACAUUUGUGCGUGAUAACAACACCAGUUUACACAAUAGAGGCAAAAAGAGGCGAGCGUACAUGGCGAGUGAGCGGUGACAAAUAGGAAUAUUAAAGCAACAUAAAAGCAGCAGCAGCACACACACACAUACACGCGAUAAGGAUUAGCGAAAGAAUCUCUUUAGGGUGUCAAAUUAUGCACGAAACAUUCAAAGCAAAAUGUAUGUAAAAUCUAAUGCGAAGUAGAAAUGUGAAUGCUAAGCAGAACGAAAAAAUAGAAACGCUAAAAGAUAACACAAAUAACAUAACAACAAAAACGAUAAGCAAAUACUAGAAGGCGUAACGAACGUUGUGGCGUAUUUCCUUAACCAUUUUGGGGCGAGAGGCGAGCAAAACAAACCAAAAGAAAACAUCAAAAGAAACCCAGUCACGGAAGCGAGACGCCAUAGAGCGUCAUUACUAUUAAGAAAGGGCGCGUAGCGUUAAAAUAAGUAAGCAAACUAGCUAAGAAGUAGCUAUACAGUAGCAAAAGCAACAAACCGAUAAUGUAAGUAGGUAUGGGUGUAAGUGUUUAUAACCAAUGAAUGCAUAGUGAAGAGGAAGCAGGCAAGUAAAAUGAUACAGUUACAGUCCAACUCAUACACGGCAGUUUAUUUUAUUGUUGCUUUCAUGAGAGUAAUGAAGGUGUGUUUAGAGUCUUGUUACAAUGGAAAAGGAAAGUAUAGGGCCAGAUAAAAACAAAAUCUGACGUUAGAUAAGAAAAUAUACUUUUUUUUUAUAAUUUGGUCUAGUCAUGUUUUUUUACGUUGCUUGAAUACAUUUUUGCUAAAACGUUACGUUGCGUUACGUUUUUCGGAAAGUGUGUUAUGCAUUACUGUUAUACUGAAUAUUCAUAAUUGUUAGUACAUUUAUUCCGAAGCAUUGAAAAUGUUGGAACGACAUUGCACUUAUAAGUGAUAAAUCUAAUUAUUGCUCAAAUUAUUUCCUUUUUUCUGGUUAAAGCCUUUCAUAUUUUAACGCCCUAAGCUUACAAAAAGAACUAACAAAAGAAAGAAUCACACGAGCGGUGGCCAUACUAUUUGUUAAUUACUUCAGCUGUAACUAUACGAUUUUGCGACCAACCUUACACAACACUGUUUCGUACGAUGUUGAGCCGCAUGUCAAUGAGAAACAGGCACUACACUAUCUUACCAUCGCAUGGAUCGAUCGAUCGAUCGAUCGAUGUAACGCUCAAGCCAGGAAAAGCUUUUUUGUUCGACGGUAAGGUCGGUGACCGAAUCUUUAUUAAAGAUUCAACAGUGGAAUACCCACGGAGCUCAUAUUUUAUAGAUCCCGAUUCGGUUUGCUAAUAACUGUUUUGUUGCGCUCAUUUGUCAUUUGUUUGUCUUUCGUCGUGCUUGUGCUUUCAUUCAAGUUGCUGCUGUUCUGUUCAGUCAUUUGGAUUUGCUUACAAUAAAUUCCUUUUGUUUCAUAUCCUAUUCUCUAUCAGGGCUUUAUAAAAGUGUUUUGUUUCUCCUAAUUGUUCUAAAGAAUCCAGCUCAAUAAAGAGCAAGCUCUGUAUCCAAUCAUUCUGCUUCAGCCCUUCUGAAUGCUUCUUUCGAAAACAAUACGCCCGUACUAGGCCCGUUGAAGUUCCGGCUCGCAGUUCCGAAGUAAUUAGAGCCAAUUUGUCAACAGCCACUUCACCCCACCCCUUGCUUUUCACUCUCGUCGCACGCACACAGAAGGGUUCAAUGGCCACCCUUCAUUGCUCCGUGACAGCGUGGCUUGUUUUGCUCAAACACUGUAUUGUUUUGUUGAUAAACAUGCUUUUACCAUCAACGAUGGUGCCGAAUACUUUCUGAUGAUUUUCUAAUCAGAUAACCGUUGGUAUGCUUCUGGCGUGCCCUGAAGCGGAACAUCAAUAAUGAUCGGUUGCGUACUGCCAGUACCACCGGCUGUGCUUGCCAAAUCGCAAAGGCAACAGAUUGUUACGGUGUUCUCAUUCUUCAUUCACAGCGAUGGAUGGACUGGUCCGGGUGGCAACGGACGGCAUGAUGAUUGAGUGAAACAAAGGGAACCCAUCUGUAGCGCAAUUCGCCCGUAGUAAUGAGCUUUGCUUUCAUAAUUGUAUUAUAUCGUUUGUCUUUCUUUAUCGUUACGGAUUUACUUGGCCACAUUAUUUUCCAAUUUCAGGCUAUUAAUUGGACAACACAAAAAUGCUUUACAUUGUAAAUUUAAUAAAAAUAAUGAAUCGUAUUUUUUUUAGUUUGUCAUUACAUUUCUUUCCUUUUCGUAAUUAAAUAAUGGUUUGGUUCAGAUAAACUCUCAUCUCACCACAAACCAAAAAUCCCUUACAGCUUGCCUGUUUGCGUUACAAAUACAUUGGGGUGGCAAAAAACAAACACACACAUACACACGCGCCGUUGUUUAAUGGCUCCACAAGGAUACGAUAUGAUUCUACAUUUUAUGCGUUUGCAUGAUACGGAUCGUGUCGGUUCGUAUCCAGGCCUUGUUUGACGGCUAUACGGUCGAGUUUAUUUGCCCCCCGAGAGCAAACGCACGUCGAGCCGGUCGGUCGAGCGAUGUAAGUGGCGGACACAAAUCGUUGUCGUUUUAAAUCAGUUUAAAAAUAAUUUUCUACUGUCACAUUGGGACGAACGAUAAGCUUUGCGUAAUCUGCAGCCAACGAACACGGAAUGCGUUUAGAAUGGAUGAAGCUAACUACUAUUUUUAAUUGGGCUCCGGAGAUGGUGUUUUUUCGUUGUUGGUUCUGAUUCAAACCUACCGCAAAAGUUACAGUGGCGAACGAACGUUGGUUAGAGUAGAGCAAGGAGCAAUGAGGGGCUUUAUUUGAAUUCUAUUUUUUUCUUUGUUUUUUUAAAAUAUAUACCCUUUUCUGUGACAACUAAAAACAAACAAACAUAAUUUGUGCAUGACAAUAUACAAAGUAAAACAAAAGAAAAUAUCUAGGUGUAUAAAAGUUAAGGAAAACACAAACAAAUGAAGAAAUAAAUCCUAAACCAAAUAAGGCGGCAAACAAAACGAUACACACAAAUCUACUCACACUUAUGGAAGAAAAUCCAACCAAAGCGAAAUGCCCAGACACGUGUGUGAGUUUUCGCUUUUUUGUAGGAUUGUGAAAAAAACGGCACAGGCUGGGGGAAAGUUUUGAUACGGCAACGGCAGCAAUGUUAGCAGUCUGUGGGAAAUGGUAAAGUUACGAGGUCAUUAAAGCAUCGAACACAUACAACCAUGUCAAAGUCAUGUCCUAAUUGUGCUAAUUGUGCCCGGCUACCCAUACAUUCCGCAUGCUGGUCAUAUUUCGGACCGAACCACGUGACCCGAUGGAGGCGCCUGAUGAUUUGUAAGCAGUAUCGAUUGAUUCGUUCUAUUUCGUUUCGUACUGUGCGGGUGUGUUUUUGUUUGUUAUAUAUUUGAUUUGUUUUCGUUUGUUAUAUACAUAAAGCUACAAAAGGUUUCAGCAACAAAUAAUUUCAUAAUGCUUGAGAUGCGUAUUGUACGGUGAGAUGCUAUUUUUAUGAUUUUACUCUUAUAAGAUAUAAUACGCUUAGCUAACAAUCAUGCAGUGCAAAAUAAUUUGCCAACAGUUAAUUUAGUAAUAUGUUUUCUGAUCUAAAGCUAACUCUCUUCGCCUUGUAAAUCUCUUUAUAAGCAUCUUCUGAGACCAACCAGUUGAUGUAUACUAAUAUGUCGUUCUAUGAAUACAAAACAAACUAAGAAUGAAAUUUAAUACUACAUGUGGGAAAAAGAGUUUACGUUAAAUUCCCAUACGUUUGCUUCCAUCUUCCUUUCCCAAUACCGGCAACAAUGAUUCACAAUUGUCUCCAUGCUAGUACCACCCCGUCGUCACCACCGUGUCAAUCAUGUUGCGUGAAGAGAACUUCCGACAGUGCAUGCUAGUCUUAAGUGAAAAUUGCACUAAAAAGAGCAGCAUUUCAGCGUGCUUAGUAGCACGGAAACGGCAUGUCUACCGUCGUCUACUGAAUACCCUCCACUAUUAAGUCCAUUCGACCCGUUCGUAUUAAAGACCCUUAAAUCAACACACACACAUAUCCACACAUACCAACUGUCCUAGUGUGGUUCGCCAGUUUUUCUUGCUUCGCCAACCGGAAGCUAUUUCAAAAAGCGGGAGUUGGCGGCGGGGCUGCCGCACACGGACCUGUAACGGGUCAGCUGCACGAACGAGUUGCGAAUGUGAAAAGUUCGCAAGUCAAUUCGUUGAAAAGAACCCAUUCGGGUUGAGCUAGCGAAGGCCCCACACACACAGACACACACAGAAGAGAAAAGAUUGUGGUGACAUUUCUGUGCGGACUAAUGUCGACAAACGGGCGGCUUAUGGGCUGCUUGCUAAAAGCCUUGUGAUAGUCAGGAGUUGGCCAUACCGAAAGAAAAACAACGAGCAGAAGAAGCAAUGCACAUUUGUAGGAAUUGGACGAGCAAACAAAAACUGAAAAAGGGCUUGCAAGAAAAUAAAACCACAUCACCAUCUACUGAUUUCCUGUUUUUGCUUGCCGAGAAGAAUAUGGUUUGUUUAUGCGAAUGAGUUCCGUCCCGGAGCAGAGCUCGUCUGCGUGUCUCCGACGCAUGGGACGGGCUGUGUGUGUGUGCCUUUCUUUAUGGAAGUAGCAAAAUCCAUAAAGCCGGAACGGCCACACAACACCGAAAGGCGGGAGUUUCACGAUUGAAUUGAGAUGGAAUUCUGUGAAGAAAAUUAGGUCACUUGCCAAAAAAAACAGGACCAUUUACAUACAUACCAACGCUGGGCUGUUUCGAAUCGGGGUGCAUUAAAGACACAUUUGUAUCAAAAACUUCGGACGCUUCUAAAAAGCCACACACUGCCAACGACUGCUCUACGGCUGGUCGUCGUGAGGUACGGUUUGGUCGGUUGCGUGUUUGGACUUUGUUUCAUGGCGGACACGCUCCGAACGCUCCGAGCAGUAUCCCUGUGUUUAAGUAAUUUUUAACCUUGUUAAACUUUUUAAACCACAAACAUCCUGCCGUAGCUCUCUGGCCACACAAUUUCCUCGCCUUCUCUCUCCAUCUCUCUCUCUCUAUCUCUCUCUCCCUCCCAUAUUUCACCUUCAUCUCACUCUACGACAUAUUUCACCUUCCUUCGCCUGUCGGUCGGUUGGUUGGAAUUGUUUAUGAUGGAAGUUUGUUGCUGUUUUGUUUUGCCUGUUUCCGAUUCUCUGCUCUGCUUUUAAUUUGAUGACUUCUGCAUUCUGGUCGAACGCUGAAACGCUGGAAUAAAUUAUUCGACCAUCAUAUGCUGGUCAAGUCCCAACGAACUCAUGCCCCAGGAACGAUUUAUUGACUGUGCGCGGGCGGUGCGGUUAAGCGCUUUGGGGUUGUUUUGGGGGGAGGAACUUUUUUUGAAUUGUUUCUGCCACUGCUGUAAGGGAUGAACGGAUAUGGCUGAAAGAUGUGUUAAAGUAUAAAAAAUGUACCAGACUGGCAAUCCGC